GUGAACCUUCAAUUGCAAUACUAUCAGGUUUCCUCAAUGAGUAAUCAUGUACAGAAGGUAUAGUAGUUAAUUAGUCAUUACUAGACUCGUUGUUUGAGGUAAAGAAAUUCAAACGCACUCUCUACCUCUCUCUCACACACACACUAGAGAAUUUGGAGCUAAAAGUAUCAACCCGAUUAUCCACCUUUCUCCAGCUGCCGAUCGAGAAGCUAGCAUCAGUCAGAAUACAUGCAGGGAGAUAGUAGAAGAUCGCAGAUAGCAAGUCUACUAUUGGCAGAUCGAGAUUUUGACAAAUUAAUACUUAUAAUGGGAAAGCUAAAUUUUCGCCCUUUGGCAAAUCACAUUUCGAGCGAAUCCAGUUACGAGCCCAAGCCACCACCUACCCCUUCACCGCUUCCACGCAAGCUGACAGUGACAAAGCCAGCAGUGCGAGUGUUUAGGAAGCGAAUAGUGACAAAGCCAGUCGUGCCACUGCCGAGCAAUAUGAGUAGUCUGCCGCCAUUGACGCAGAUACCAACUGAUCAGCCAGUACCCCCUCAGCAAACAACAGAGGCUGUUCCUGUAGUGAUCGGAGUUAUGGUGUUGGAUACAAAUGCAGUUCCUAAUUAUUCUAUGCCUGCAGCUAAUCAUACAAGGCCAUCGGCCUCUCCUGGGAAGAUUACCAAAGUAUUGGGUGGUGUGGCAAGGAAUGUUGCUGAUUGCAUGUCAAAGCUUAAAGCAAAACCAUUCCUGAUAAGCGCUGUUGGACUUGACGUUCCAGGAAAGUCGCUAUACGAACACUGGGAAUCUACUCGGUUAUCCGUACAAGGUAUUCUGAGACUGCAAGAUAUUGAGACUGCUGUCAGUUGCAAUGUCUUUGAUGGAAAAGGUGGACUAGUAGCUGCUGUGGCUUGUGUUGACUCAAUUGACAAGUUUCUCACUCCCAAGUGGAUUGAAAAGUUCAAAAGCAAAAUAAGGUCAGCUCCAAUACUGAUGGUGGAUGCGAACUUGAGUUCUCAUUCUCUUGAGGCAUCUUGUCGAAUGGCCGCUCAGUUCACUACUCCGGUCUGGUUUGACCCUGUAUCAGUGGCCAGAUCUAGAAGAAUUGCUUCAGUGGUCCACUAUGUAAGAUUUGUCUCAGCCAAUGAAGAUGAACUUAUUGCCAUGGCAAAUGCCUUAUCCCGCCGCGGCAGAGACAGAUUUUCUCCAGUUCAGAGAGAUCUUUGUAGUACCGUCGAAUCUUUGUUCGAAAUGCUUAAACCUGCCAUUUCGUGUUUGCUAGACAAUGGUGUGAAGGUGAUUGUUGUUACAGUUGGACAAGAUGGGGUAUUCUUAUGCUCCAAAGCUAAGUCCGUUCUUCUUCAGAAACUUGAUUUUAAGGGAAACCGGCUUCCUUCGUCGAGUAAACAGUUGCGGGAAGCUGUUGAUGCAGAAUGCUCAAGUGGUCGGUUUUAUGGUGCUUCAAGAUAUGGGCUGUACUCAGAUUUUUAUGCUGUCCAUUUCCCUGCACUUUCUGCAUCAGUAGUGAGGCUUACAGGCGCUGGAGAUUGCUUGGUUGGCGGGACUAUAGCUUCUCUAUCUGCUGGUUUAGAUGUCAUGCAAAGUGUAGCAGUAGGGAUUGCAGCUGCUAAAUUUGCUGUUGAAGUAGAAACCAAUGUCCCCGCAGAGACUUGUUUGGACGGAAUCGAAUAUGAUGCAAGCCAUGUGUACUCUGGUAUGUCAGUUAGCCAAAGUAGAGAUGGUUUAGGGAAUGGUAAGAAUGUAUCAUUUGGGUCAUUUCCCAUCCAGCCACCACAAAACAAAAGCAACAAUCCACUGCUAACGCAAUCACAAAGCGAAAACAUUGCUGAUGCACCUGGGAGCAAUCAGGAUGAGUCUUUAAUUGGUAGAUCAGCUUACCAAAGUCGACAGGUUGUUCGUCCGAUUGGCAAACAAAUGACUGGUAAUUUAACACGUAACUUAACUGAUCAGCAACCGAUCAGUGUCAUGAAGCAGCCUAAUCCAAGCUCUUUGCCUAACGCAGGGUUAAUACCAAGCCAAGACAAAGGUCCUGAACUAAAGUUGACGUACACGAAAAUAGUGACAAGUAAUCUCCCACCUGAAGAAAAGCCAAAGGACGGGGAAAUAACUGAAACAAUUCAAUAGGACAAAUAUGAAGAAGAGGAGGAAGAUUUCCCAAUAUGGGAACGUGUAAUAUCCAAAAAACAAAAGAUCAGGUCCGUCAAGGGAAGAAACAAAGAUACUCCUAAGAACAGGAACUAGUCUACUGAAGCUGGUGUAUCGUUGCUACAUUUUCAUGGUUCUUUAAACACUUCCCUCUUUUUUUCCGCCAUUUCAAUAUCCAGAGAGGAUUAAGAGUUUACUCUUUCCCAGUUGUUACUUUCAUAAAUACGCACUAGAGGAAGAGGGCAUUUUUUCACUUCAUCUAGUGCUAAAAAAUUUAUUUCUGAAAGUAACAAUUAGGAAAGAGUAAAUUCUUAAUCCUCUCUGGAUAAUUUGGGGGAGAAAUGGGGGAAAAAAGAAGGAAGAAAUGAACCAGAGGUAGCAGUUUUCUCUCCCUUUUGUUUUUUGGGUGCUGAACAUUUAUGUUUGUGUUUGAAAUUUAAGUACUCCCUUUUCUCUGUUACUGUCGCAUAGGCCUUCAUUGGAAUUAAGUUUUGCGUAAUAUUUUUUGCACACUUUUAUCAUGGAUGAAUUAUUUUCCUACUUCUUUCCCACAUCGAUCUGUAAAUCGAUUUAACUUUUAAUGACAAUAAUACUAUAAUAAUUUUUAUA